AUGACGAGCCUGCACGGCUCCAUCAUCGACUACCGCGUCGAGAAUAUCAGGUCGUACCCCUGCUACGUAGAAGGCAGUGGGUGGACCGACAGGCUGGACCUCCAGGACCAUCUGUUCUUCUUGAUGUUCGACAACAGGCCCGGGUUCGCCCCCUCAAACGACCCUGGCCGGGAAGGGGCCCGCGUGCCGGGCGUCUUGUGCAUCGACUUUGGCGACGAUUACCCCGGCGUGGACGUCCUCGGCUCCGAAUCCGACCUGUCGGCCACGCAGCCCGAGUUCCCGAUGCCCACUUCGAAGUAG